AUGCGGUUGAAGGAAACAAAGCCUGAAGAGAGUAAAGAAUGGAGAAAAGCUGAAAAGAAGUCAUCCGCUGCAGCCUCUAGGAUAAAAUGCCGCGGCGGAUCAAACAGAAAGGGAGGAGUGCGCCUCUGUGAAAUUCGCCACGGCGCCUUGCUGAAUCCGCCGCGGUGCCCAAGCUAUCUCGGAGAAAACUGUUUGGUAAAAUCCGCCGCGGCCGAUUGUCACUUUGUUAAGCAAAAUGGAAGCAGAGUGGUGAAAAUUAAUAGCUAUGGAAAGGUGCCUAAAUCAGAUGCGGCUCUCUUAUGUGCCGCUACUCAGCAGCCCGUUACGGUGUCGUUGGAUGCAACAUAUCUUCAACACUAUCGGGAUGGAAUUUUCGAUGGAGGGGAUUGCGAAAAGGAUUCAACUUACACAAAUCAUGCAGUUUUGAUUGUUGGAUAUGGUUCAAAAGAUAGAAAAGAUUAUUGGAUUGUGAAGAAUUCAUGGGGUGCAAAUUGGGGAAUGGACGGAUACUUCUUGAUGAAGAGGAAUACAGAUUCACCAAAUCGAGUUUGUUCUAUCAAUACCAAGGCUUACUUCCCCUCCAUAUAGACUUCUGCAUUAGCUAGCGAAUCUAUACUCAAUCUCCCAGUGUUAUAUUAUGAUGAACUCAAGUCCAUUAUAAAGUUUAAAUAAAAAGUCAUGAAU